GUCUGGCACUAAGCCAUCAGAUGAUACUGACAAUAAUCUAUCAACCAGUCGGAAUUUUCAAAAUCAUUCACCAAACAUUGAACAUUCAACAAACACUAAUAAUAAUAAUAAUUCUGAUCAAGUUUCCAAUCAUUCAGCACUGCACGAUUCAUCCGUUAUCUAUUUCACCGAUAAUGGUAUUCGUAAAAGAGCACAUGCUUAUUCACCACCGACUACUACUACUAGUAGUAGUAGUAGUAGUACACUCUCACCAUCAACAACUAAACAAAAUUGUUUAAAUCAAUACUCAGGUAAAUUAUUACAGCAUACAACUGCUUGCAUGAAACCGAUUUCUGGCGAUUCAUUCAAUUUCACGCAACAAUCAAAUCAUCAUGACAAUUUACAAACUACUUCACAUCUAACUACUACUGAAAAGAAUACUACUGAUAUCAGUAAUACAACACAGAAACAAUCACAAUUCAGAAUGUAUCAAACACCAUUAGUUGUAUCGAAUGUUAUAUUGGAAGAUACACAAGAUCAGUUGACACCAUUACCGACAUAUUAUAAAGAAUCAAGAAUUGAUUUAACUCAAAAUAUGAAACGUGGCAGUGUACCAGAUGUGACAAAACAAACUUCCACAUUAUCUCCUAAUGAUUUAUUAAAAUUAGAAGAAGAGCACAAAAGAAAAUAUGAGCAUAUAUUAGAUAGAAAACGUCAAGGUGAAAUUAUUAUACAAUUUGUGGAUUUUUUUG